AUGGCCAGUUUCCAGACCGACAUGGAAAUGCUCUAUCCCGAGACAGUUGUACACGUGGGCAGGGUGACUUUUGGAGAAGAGAACAGGAAGAAGAUGACCAAUGGCUAUCUGAAAAGAACUGAGAAUAAGAAAAUCAUCCAGGCCACGUGUGCCCUGUUAAAUUCUGGAGGGGGUAUGAUCAAAGCGGAGAUUGAUGAUAAAACCUACAGUUACCAAUGCCACGGGCUGGGACAGGAUCUGGAAACUUCUUUCCAAAAGCUCCUUCCUUCCGGUUCACAGAAAUACCUUGACUAUAUGCAACAGGGGCACAAUCUCCUGAUUUUUGUGAAGUCUUGGAGCCCAGAUGUUUUCAGCCUCCCCCUCCGUAUUUGCAGCUUGCGCUCCAAUCUCUACCAGAGAGCUGUGACCUCCACAGUCAACCUGAAUGCGGUCAGUUCCCUGGAGCUCCUCAGAGAGAAGCAGUCUAGAGCCCAAAGAGGGAGAUCAGGGGUGAAGGAGCUCAGUUCUCAGAAAGUUCCUGACAGAGACAUUCAGGAAGAAGAAGACAUGAGGACGUCUGCCUCAGAGUUGUUUCAAAAGGACAAACUCACGUAUAAGGAGAAACUCAAUUUUACCGAGUCAACCCAUGUGGAGUUUAAAAGGUUCACCACCAAAAAGAUCAUUCCCCGGAUUAAAGAAAUGCUGCCUCAUUAUGUUUCUGCAUUUGCCAACACCCUCGGGGGAUACCUCAUUUUUGGGGUAGAUGAUAAGAGCAAAGAAGUAUUUGGAUGUAAGAAAGAAAAAGUGAACCCUGACUUACUAAAAAAAGAAAUAGAGAACUGUAUAGAAAAGUUGCCAACGUUCCACUUCUGCUGUGAGAAGCCACAGGUGCAUUUCACUACCAAAAUCUUGAAUGUGUACCAGAAAGACGUCCUGUACGGCUACGUCUGUGCGAUUCAAAUAGAGCCCUUCUGCUGCGUUGUAUUCUCAGAGACCCCGGAUUGCUGGAUCAUGAAGGAUAAUUCUGUCACAAGGCUGACGGCAGAGCACUGGGUGGCCAUGAUGCUGGGUGUUCAGUCAGCAACUGCCAGUUUGACCACUGACUCCAGCUUUCCCCUGUGCGCCCCAGUUCCAACAGCACUGGGACGUCCAUCAUCUCCCAUGAAAGUCCUAGAAUUUAAGAGACCUCUGCAACAACGUCUGUUUCCAGUGACAUGGGAAGAGAUACAGUUUAAGCCAGAAUCCCUCUGUAAGAAGCUCUUCUCAGAUCAUAAAGGACUCAAGGAAUUAAUGAAGACAGAGAUAUAUCCUUGUUCUCAAGGGAUUGUGGUAUUUUCUAGAAGCUGGGCUAGUGAUGUUGGCUUAAGGAAGGAGCAGGAUGUCCUGUGUGAUGCUCUCCUAAUAGCAGUGAACAGUUCACUGAUACUCUAUACGAUCUUAAUAAACCCUGGUUGGAAUGGAGGGCUUGAGUAUGCCCGAAAUACUGCUCAUCAGUUAAAGCAGAAACUGGGAACUGUCGGUGGUUACACAGGGAAAGUGUGUGUUAUCCCGAGGCUGCUGUACCUGUCCAGCACACAGCAUGACCCUGAUGAAAUCCCCGUGCACUAUCCCACAUCCUACAGGCUUGCCACCAAGGAUGACAUGGAAGACUUGUUGCAGGCCCUUAUCGUAGUCUCACUGUGUUCUAGAUCCCUUCUGAGUGACCAGCUGGGCUGUGAAUUUUUCAGCUUGCUCAUAGAGGAGCAGUGUGAGUCGCUUUCAGAAAGCCUUCAGGAGACACGAGAAUUGUUCAUCCACUGCUUUCCAGGAACCAGGAAGACAGCCCUGGCCAUAAAGAUCAUGGAGAAAAUUAAGGAUUUGUUCCAGUGCAAACCUAAAGAGAUCCUUUAUGUUUGCGAAAGUGACUCCUUAAAGGAUUAUGUGACCCAACAAACCACCUGCCAUGCUGUGACCCGGAAGACCUUCUUACAGGGGGAGUUCCUAAAGAUUAAACACAUAGUGAUGGAUGAGACUGAGAAUUUCUGCAGCAAAUAUGGAGACUGGUACCUGAAGGCCAGGAGCAUCACCCACCCCAAGGUGAGGGGAGCUGGAAGUGAAAACCUUCAUCGUGGGAUUCUCUGGAUUUUCGUGGACCCUUUCCAAGUCCGUCAUGCGGAUAUUAAUGGCCUUCCCCCUCCAUCCGCUCAGUUUCCUCGAAAAACAGUCACCAACGGGAUCCACUGUGCUCUCGAAAUAGCAAUGGUCAUGAAGGAAGAAAUGAAGAGAAUCAAAGCCAAUCCGCUCUCGGGUAUGUCCCCAGACACACUGUCAUUGUUCAGGGAAGCUGCCUAUGAGGAAGCAGCACGUGCCCAGGCGCUGCCUGGGGUGUGUGAGACAGAGGCGAACCUGACUAUGGAACAGAUUGUGAAGCGGGUGGCAGAAAGGUGUCACGACCUGUUCCAGUGUGGCUAUCGGCCCGAAGACAUUGCGAUUCUGUGCAGGAAAAGGGAGGACAGAGGGCGCUAUGAGCCCGCACUGCUGAAAGCAAUGGAAUUAUUUGAAACCCGUGGAGCAACCAAGGUUGUGUUCAGCCAGGCCUCCAGGGUUUGGGGCAGUCACAUCAUUUUAGACAGUAUUCAGCAGUUUUCAGGCCUGGAGAGGAAUAUUGUAUUUGGGCUUAGUCCAGAAUGCGCCCUGUCAGAAGAAGCCCAUAAGCUCUGCUUUGCUUCACGAGCCAUUAAACACCUCUACCUGCUCUAUGAAAAGAGGGCCGCUUUCUGAAAGUUAUUCUCACAAUACAGGCAGCCAGAAAGAGCAGAGUCCCUUCUCCCAGGCAGGUGGCAGCAAAUCCUUCUCACGUAUUAUCAGUGAGGAAAUUGAGGCACAGUAAAUAUGGCAUGGAGCCACAAAAAUGUCUCUAGGGAUUGACCCUUCCCCUCUAUGUGCUGUCAUUGUCUUCUUCCCCGUCCACAUCACUUCCUGCCUGUACAGUCAUAGUGGACUGUUGAUUGGUCUCUUGCCUCUAGUUUUCCUAGUCCCGUCCAU